GCUUGCCUGCAGUAACCCAGCUAAUAUUACAGCCUGUUUUUUCAGCCUCUCUCUCUCUCAACUUUCGUGUUGCUUUUAGAGAUCUCUACCUCUACGUGUGCCCUUACCCCUUUUUAAUGGUUUGGUCGGCAAACUCUUUGUUUUGGCCCCAAAACCUCAACACCACGUAAUUCACAAGCUGCAACAGCAGCAGCAACCGGGAGAAGAAGAGAGAAAACCCAAACCCCACACCAAAACCAGGGAAAAGAAAGACAAUGGAUCCGUGUCCUUUUGUACGGAUCCUGGUGGGAAAUUUGGCCCUGAAAUUACCAGUAUCAAGGAAGCCUUCUCUGUCAAGAAUCCACCCUUCUACUUCUUCAUGCUAUUGCAAGAUUAAACUCAAGAACUUCCCUCACCAAAUGGCUACAAUCCCUUUUAUCCAAUCGCAAGUAGACAGCAGCAUCAGCAGUAGCAGCAGCAGCUGUUCUCAUAAAUCUCUGGCCGCUUGUUUCAGUCUGAGCAAGUCCCAGAUCGACAGAAUCGUCUCGAGAGGGAGUUCAUCGUAUAAACUUUCUAUCGAGGUUUACGCAGACCCUGAUGGCAGUAGCUGUGGAUUGACAUAUGGGAAGUUGUUGGGGAAGGUUUCGGUACCGUUGGAUCUACGUGGAGCGGAAUCGAGGCCGUCUAUUGUGCAUAAUGGGUGGGUUGCUAUAGGCCGAAGUAGAAGCAACAAGAAUGGAUCAUCUGCACAGUUGUGUUUAACGGUCAGGACUGAACCUGAUCCGAGGUUCGUGUUCCAGUUCGGUGGGGAGCCUGAGUGUAGUCCUCAGGUUUUUCAGGUUCAAGGCGGUCUUAAACAGGCCGUAUUCACUUGCAAGUUUGGUUUCAGGAACACAAGUGAUCGGAACUUGGGAUCAAGAUCAUCUUUGCCAGAAUCAAACACUUCAAGAAAUUGGCUAUCUUCUCUGAAAACAGAGAAAGAUCAAACCUCCAAAGAACGAAAAGGAUGGUCGAUUACAGUCCACGACCUGUCAGGCUCUCCAGUAGCAAUGGCAUCAAUGGUGACCCCAUUUGUCCCAUCUCCUGGUUCGGACAGGGUUAGCCGUUCCAACCCAGGUGCAUGGCUAAUUCUCCGUCCAGGAUGCGGAACCUGGAAACCAUGGGGCCGCCUCGAGGCCUGGCGUGAGCCUGGUUUCACUGACGCCCUCGGAUACCGAUUCGACCUCUUCCACGACGACUACAUGGCCGCCACCUCCACAACCACCACCCUCGCUAGUUCCAUCCUUAGCACCAAACUUGGCGGGAAAUUCACCAUGGACAUGACCACAAACGUAGCAGCAACCCCAUCGACAAGCCCACAAAGCAGCUGCGACUUCGGUUCCGGAUCAAGGCCCGGAUCGGGAUCAGGGUCAGAUUUCGGGUUCGCGGCAUCCCUUUCCCCGCAGAGUUUGUACAGGGGUGGCUUCGUGAUGUCGUCGACGGUGGAAGGUGCAGGGAAAUGCAGCAAGCCGGACGUGGAAGUAGGUGUACAGCACGUGACAUGCACGGAGGACGCAGCAGCUUUUGUGGCACUGGCCGCGGCCAUGGAUCUGAGCGUGGAUGCCUGUCGGCCCUUCUCUCAAAAGCUAAGGAAAGAGUUGAGGCAGCAAACUCAAAACUUUGUCGUGUAAUAUCCAUUGGAAGUUUGUCGUUUUAGGGUUUGUCGGAUCAUAACUGAUGAGUUGGUUAGGUGUUCCUUUCGGAUUGGGAUUCUUUCUGCAGAUAACUAACAGCAGUUUUUGAGCUGGAUAUGUAACGAUUAGCUCUUGUACAGUGCGGAAUGACAAGGCAGGAUUCUUCUGUUUUUUUCUUUUUUUAAUUUUCCUUUGUGAUUAGUGAAAUUUGUUCAUUGUUUAUUCAA